GCAGUGGAUGCGAUAGCACGGCGAUGCGCGUUUCACGGCAGAAGAUACGAGGAGUCAACGAUUAAAAGAGUUAAAGAAUAAAGUGAGAAGGUGGAGAGAAAGGCAAACAGCGAACAAAACAAAAUAAAAAAUUUCAAAAAGCAAGAAAAAACGAAAAAAAUAAAAUAAACAGAAGCAAACAAACCGAUUUCAUAUUUACUAAAUAGCAAUCAAACAAACAAGAAAAAUCAAUUUAAGAAAAAAUCACUUAUGUUUGUAUGUCUCUCGCCAGUAGUAUAAUGAUGCUGUCGUCGAUUAAAUUAACAACAUUGUUAUUGUUGCUGUUUGCAACAGUGUACAGUCAAAGCGCUGCAUUUACGCUGCCAGCGGUCGAAGAGACUACUACUGCGGUGGCGGUAGAUGAAACGACGACGCCAACGUCAUCGCCGACGACACCAACAACGACGACUACACAAAAAAGUAAGCUGCCGGUGAUGGACUGCACGCCGAGUCAGCAAAAAAUGGAAGAUUACGCAAAAAGUGUAAAAAUUGUCUUUCCUUCAACCAAUGACUCAGAGGAGGAGAGCAAAUUCGAUAUUUAUGGCUUGAAAGUUACACCACCACCGAAAGGGGUGACAAAUAAAACAGUCAGCAACGUUGAAGCCACCCAAGAAACAACCGUCAUAGAGACUACAACCAGCAGUACCACGAGUACAGUUUCCGCACCAGGCAAUUCAACAGAUAAUGUAACGCCCUCAUCUGUCGACGAUCGCUUGGGUAUCUUGAACUUAGCGCCACACUGUCCCGAGGGGCACGUAGUGGUGAAUCAGCGUUGCCACAAAUCGGCUUAAAGCGGAAAUAAAACUAAUUCAUUAUUUUCUCUAUAUUGUAUUAACCCUAUUUUUUAUUAUUAUUAAAGAAUGAGCAAUUUCUAU